AAGGUCCAUGUAGUCAGACACACAAGUGUAGUCUUUAAGGAUUAUUGAACACUCAUAUUAUUGAGCUUCAUCAUGGCUGGACACCUGCUGCUAGUUAUCUUCAUGUGUUCAUUUCCUCAGUUAAAAACACAAGCUCUUCUUCCACCUGCUCUGACAGUGGAUCCAGCAGUGAUCACAGAAACAGACUCAGUCACAGUGAACUGUCAGCUUCCAUCUGUUUCUGUGUCCAUGUGUUAUUUCCUCAUUAUGAGACGACGACCUGCCAAAGCACUCCCAUGUCUGCAGACUCUGACAGGAACUGAGCUGCUGAAGAUGUCACAUCAGAGUUCACCUGCUGAGGUUAAAGUCACAUGUUUUUACCUGAGUGGAUCACAAUCUCCUGAGAGUGCCGAGACCUCCAUCAUCAUUCGAACUUCUCAUCCACCUAAACUGACUGUGAAUCCACCUGUGAUCAACGAGACAGACUCAGUCACAGUGCACUGUCAGCCUCCACCAUCUGCUUCAGUGUCUAAGUGUUUUUUCUACACUCUGAGUGGAGAAAUAACACUCUCCUGUCUGCAGACUCUGACAGGAACUGAGCUGCUGAAGAUGGCACAUCAGGGUUCACCUGCUGAGGUUAAACUCACAUGUUUCUACAUAUCAAAGUUCAGUGACAAGGAAUCUCCAUCUCCACACAGUGAGACAUCCUCCAUCACCAUACUCAGUCAGAAACCAAAGCUGAGUCUUCAUCAUUCUCCUGGGGAUUUGUUGCUCUUUACCUGCUCUCUGCCUGUAUCUGCUAAUCAUGAUACAAGAUGUCACCUUUACUUUGGAGAAGCAAGUCGUCCAGUUGAAACAAAAACCAUAAUGAGUCAAACAAACAAAAAAAAACAGUCAUUUUGCCAUUUUUCUGUCAAUAUCCUUAAUGUUCUAAGUCAACAUCGUUCAGUUCAACAAAGCGAUGCCAGCUGUGAUUACACAUUAGGAGAUAAACCCAAGUCUUUGUCUCCUCGGAGUGAUGGAUUCAGCUUGACGGAUAUUCUGAAAAUAGAGUCAAACAGGAGCCCGACCAUGUCUGCAUUUACUAUGAACACAGGUCAGAAUAUUGACAGGCCUGCUUCCACUUCCAUUACUCUUACAAAACAAACAUCAGGUACUGUUCUUCAUUCAGGUCUGACUGUUAGUACAACAAGUAACGUUGUCUCCACCUUCCUGACGUCUGUGAAACCACCAUCAGGUUUAAGUGUCAGUAAUCCUGACACUAAAGAAAACACUUUCCCUGAAAUCCCUCUGAAAACAACUUCAGGAAAAUGGAUCUUGAAGUUUGUAGUCAUUGCAGCAGGUUGUGAAGUAACUGUGGGCGUAAUGUUUCUGGUCUCUGCAGCUCUCUGCAACAGAAGAAGAGCAGGUUCUGAGGAGCAGAAACGACAGGAGUCUGAAAGUCAUUAUAUAAGUCUGACAUGAGAGAUGGUGUUAAAAACAUUGUCCAUGUAUAUUAAAGGAUGCUACAGAUGUAUUUAUUUUCCCUCCCCCCUCCAGUACACCACGUGUUAUUACUUCACAAUCUCUGAUGAGGCAGCUGUGUACAGCACAGAAGGACUUGGUGUACAGCACUGUGGAGGCUCACUGAAGGACACCCUGCUUGUGUCUACAACUUACUACCACUGUAAAUAGACUGUAGGAGUUGACCAACAAUACCAUAUUCUAUUUGACUAACUCGCAUCGACACCUCUCUAUUUCUCUCUCUCUCUUUCACACAUGAAAUAUAACACAAGGUAUAAAUGAAGGAAAAUAUUUAUUUUUAUUUAUUCAUAAGCUUUGUCAAACACAUGGUUAACAGGGUAACAUUCUGUGAUCUUCUUCUUCAUGCAUCUUCAUUUUGUCUGAAAUGUCCUGCUUUCAAACGAGAAAGAGGAAAUGGCAGAAUAAAUCAAGUUUAACCUUUCUCUUAUCUCACAGGUAUUUGACAUGAUCAGUAUUGUUACCGACAUUAAAAAGACUGGAUUUUCAAAAUAAACUUCAAACUAUAUGAAUACAGAAAACUAUGAAAGCAAUGUUCAUUUUUACUUCAGCAAUUUAUUGCCAAAAACAUAGACGUCUCUGCAUUCUUUCACGUUUGAAAAAAAAGUGUGUUUUACAUUCUGCAGACUUUCACAUUAGCCAUAAUAUUUUCCAGUGAAAUAAAGAAAGGCUUUUUAAUGAAUUGACACGAAAUGCCUGUUCUCCUACUGCAAGCUGUUGACAGUCUUUCUUUCUCCUAUUUAAUAUCAGCACACAUUAUAGAAAAGAUGGUGAACUGUCAGCAAUGCUCUCAGCAGACACCAGGAAAUCCUGUUAUUGUCUUGUUCUUUAUCUGCACCGCAUUAUUUAAGUGUUUGGCAUUAAUGGAUGUGAGUCUCAGUGCUACUGAUUUGUAUUUCGAAGAGCGCUGCCUUUGCAGAGGUAUGAGUAAGUUCACAUCUGAUUGGCAAUGUUCUCUGUGUUUGUCAGCAUCUUC